AUGGCUUGUGCAUCUCACCUGGAAUCUUUUGUUCCUCCAGCUCUUGUCGUACGCUUCCUGACGAAACGGUUCAUCUGGGAGUAUGACCCGACACUAGAGUCUACAUAUCGUCACCAAGCUACCAUUGAUGAUGAAGUGGUUUCCAUGGAGAUACUAGAUACAGCUGGUCAGGAGGAUGCUAUUCAGAAAGAAGGACAUGUGCGAUGGGGAGAAGGCUUCGUGCUGGUUUAUGACAUCACGGACAGAGGCAGCUUUGAGGAAGUGCUGCCGCUUAAGAACCUGUUGGAUGAAGUAAAAAAGCCCAAAAAUGUCACCCUGAUCCUGGUGGGGAACAAAGCAGACUUGGAUCACUCCAGGCAGGUCAGCACAGAGGAAGGUGAAAAGCUGGCCACGGAACUAGCAUGUGCUUUUUAUGAGUGUUCUGCUUGCACAGGAGAGGGCAACAUUAUGGAGGCCUUCUAUGAGCUCUGUCGUGAGGUACGGCGUCGAAAGAUGGUCCAGGGCAAGACUCGGAGACGAAGCUCCACCACUCACGUCAAGCAGGCUAUUAAUAAGAUGCUUACCAAAAUCAGCAGCUAAAAAGAGCUGUACUAAGCCACAGAAGCAGAGCACAUUUAAUUAAAAAUGGUCAAAGCUUUGCAAUUAAAAAAAAAUAGAAGAGACUAACCACACCACUUUUUUGAGUAACACAGGGUCAGACUUCUUUUGUUUCAAAAUGUAUUUAGCCACACUGCUUCUGGCUAAUGUGGGG